GGGACGUGCAUGCUCGCUGUCAUGGCCAUGCAUUCCGGCCCGUUAGCCGCCUGUCCCGAUGCCACCCGAGCCCGUUCCCGCUAUGCAAGCGUGAGCGCGAGCCCCAACCUCAGCCCUAUCCUCCCUGAGGACUCCCUGCUCACUUCCCCGCUUGCCCCUAGGCUCCCCUACACUUGGCCGACUCCCCUGCUGCUGCACCAACCUUCCCACCCUGAGUCCGCCUCCGGCACCAAUUACACACACACACACACCAUCACCGCUAUCGCGGCCCUACGCUCUUUCCUUUAUUUAUCUGUUAUUGUUUGUUUUGACCCUCGGUCAUUGCUGGCCGCUAUGCGGCCAACCCUGCUCCUUAUCCUUGUUUGCUUCCGGACCCUUCGGCCUUCGGCCCGGGUCCGCUUCCAUUCAUUUCUUCCUCCUAUAUAUAUCCUGUAUGAUACUUUAUUGUACCUUAGCUCUAAUAUCGAUGUGACCACGACUGUCAGAACCGUACGAAGGUUCGCCGAGGGUAGCCGUAGGCGACCGAGCGUUGCCCGCUAG